GUGGCAGCACGAUACAACACCGGAAAUGUCCGACUCGUUAUGUCAGUUCCUUUAAGGGAGUCGAAGUUUUGUAGUUCCUGAGUAGUUGACCUGUCAGCAUUGUAGUGCAAGCUGUCACUGUCUGCCCUUCUGGUACUUGCAUUUUUCCGCCAGCAACACAGCGAGCACCAGGGCGUCGGACACACAGGUUUGUUCGUACUAACUGUUGUUGCUGGUGUCAGCUAACCAGCGAGCUAACGGCUAAAGUUAGCUAAAGCCAACGAGCUUGACAGCUAGCUUGCUAGCUAGCAUUCAACGGUAGCUAGCAGCGUUAGCUGGCUUUUUGCAGUUAGCUAGCUAGCCUGCUGGCAGUACGAGGCUAGGAAGCCGCCCACUCCUGCAAAGCAGCAUUCCGGACAAGAGAGUUCACGAUGGAGGCCCAAAGCUCCAGCGGGCUGCUGCUGUCCAGAAAGAGGAGAAGAGAGGGCUCCAAUGGGGAGGCCGAGGAGGGAGAGAGGCUUGUGAAAAUCCCCAGAUGUACUGUGGGAUUGAAGCACCCUGCACCUUUCGCAGAUGAGCUGGAGCCAGCUGACGGUAAACCCUAUGAGAGAGUCAGCAUGGACGAGGCCAAGAGGGGAACCCCACCUGACAGACCUGUGCGGGUGUAUGCAGAUGGCAUCUUUGAUGUUUUCCACUCAGGUCACGCCAGAGCACUCAUGCAGGCUAAAUGCCUCUUCCCAAAUACACACCUCAUUGUUGGAGUGUGCAGUGAUGACCUGACCCACAAAUACAAGGGCUUCACAGUGAUGAAUGAGGAUGAGCGCUACGAUGCCAUCAGACAUUGCCGCUAUGUGGAUGAAGUGGUGCGAAACGCUCCCUGGACGUUAACGCCAGAGUUCCUCGCAAGACAUCGCAUUGACUUUGUGGCCCAUGAUGACAUCCCAUACUCCUCAGCGGGCAGUGAUGACGUGUACAAGCACAUCAAGGAAGCUGGUAUGUUCGCUCCCACCCAGCGGACAGAGGGCAUCUCCACCUCUGACAUCAUCACUCGCAUAGUCCGUGACUAUGAUGUGUACGUCAGACGCAACCUGCAGAGAGGAUACACGGCUAAGGAGCUCAACGUCAGCUUCAUUAAUGAGAAGAAGUACCACCUGCAGGAGCGCGUGGACAAGGUGAAGAGGAAGGUACGUGACGUGGAGGAGAAGAGCAAAGAGUUCGUCCAGAAGGUGGAGGAGAAGAGCAUCGACCUCAUCCAGAAAUGGGAGGAGAAAUCCAGGGAGUUCAUUGGCAACUUCCUGCAGAUGUUUGGCCCUGAGGGAGCUCUGAAGCACAUGCUGAAGGAAGGGAAGGGCCGCAUGCUGCAGGCCAUCAGCCCCAGGCAGAGCCCCAACAGCAGCCCCACCCGUGAGGAGCGCUCCCCCUCUCCCACCUUCCGUCUCCCCUUCUUCACCAAGACCUCCCCGCCUCCCUCACCUCCGCCCCACCACAGCGGGGCCCGCGGAUACCUCAUCAGCGAAGACGACGACGAAGACGAUGAAAACUAGAGCGCGUUUGAAUUGUUUACUUUUGUCGGGGCCGCAGUCAGUGCUACCAGUUAAUUGAGCUGUCGAGUAACGUGGUUUUUAUCGAGCUCCUGUUUCCUUUUUUUUUUUUUUUUAAUUAAUGGUUUUACUUUGACAUUUAGCACUUCAGUAUGACGUUAACUCUAACAGCCAGUUUCUCCACAGCUCUUGUUUUUAACAGCCAGUUUUGUCCUUUUUUGUUUUCGUGUAACGGUCAGUAAAAGUUACCACUAGUCACAUGAAUUCUUUGGAAAUCAGUCUCAUUUAUCUCUGUCACUUUGGAUGUUGAGUUUAUUAGUCCCACACUGUCACUUAGGAAUAUUUGCAGGUGUUACACUCCACCUCUUCCAUCUAUGACGGUAUUCUUAAGGUUGGCAUCGUAGUAAGGUAGGAGUUUGUGUUUUUCUUUUUGUUAUGGCUUUAGCGAGAGGGCUCGCAGGUUUUUGGUCACUUGUCGGAACAGCACAUCUAGUUUGGUGUGGGAGAGGUGAGACUUCAUGGAGACACUGUUGAAUAUUUCCCGGGGGGAAGUUUUUCAGAGCAGGUCAGAAAACUGGACAUUUAAAUGAUCUGCUCUCGUAGGGCAGUUUAUAUUCUGCUCAUACUAACAAGAAACCAACCUGGCUUUUUAGUUUGUUUUUUGUGUUUUUAAAUAACAGGGAAACUCCGGAUUACAUCAAGUCUGAGCUGAAUCUGAGAGUUGAGUGUUAAACGUCUACUAAACCGCAGCUUUUUUCCCACGUUUGUCUGCCUGCUUUGGGGCUAUGCGUGUCUGCGUGUAUGUGCAUGUAAUGUUUGUGUGUGCAAGCUCUUGUGUCGGCAUGUAUGUAAUGUCUUCUGUCAACAUUCUCCAUCUGUUGACAGAUUUGGGUUCAGCUUUGACUUAACUGCAUAUAGUAAUACAUUUGCUUUUAAAUGUUUUUGUCUGCUGACAAGAUUCAGUCUUUGGAAGACUAGUUUCAAACUGGACGCCUUUCUUGUGGCGUAAAAGAAACUUGCAAGGAUGAUUCAUUUAAAUGUUGAUGUAGAAAUACUUAUUUUUGUAGAUUUCCUCUUUCCUUUGUUUAUGCUCUGUACAGAUAAUGAUCUUAAUCAUCCCUGUUUAAAAGUGCUUUGACAGUCUGAGCAGUGAAUCAACAUGAGCAAGACUGCAAGGCAGGAGUUAUAUAUAUUUUUUGUAAUGCAGAUCCUGCAUCACCUGGGCCUAUAGGGAAGUAAUAAUGUUCACCUGAUACACAUGUGAUGACAAUAGAAAGUAUUACGUUUUCAUAUAUCAAAGAAGACCUGAGAACUGUCUAAACGCCCUACUAAUAAACUACAUAUUUUAAUUAGUUGGAGUCAUAAGCACAAAAAAGGAUUGUUUUAUGAAUAAGGCCUCUUCAUUGGUAGCACACAAACAUGGCAAAAUAUACAAGUCUGUCCCAAAAAUGUAGGGCUUUUCCAAAUCUUGCACCAAUCUACAGUUGAACUGAGUCUGUGCACGCAGUCUGCAUCGGUUUAGAGGUGUAUUUUGACAGACUGGACUGCACUGUGUCACAUUGUGGUGUAAGGAGUUCAGAUUUAUGUAUCAGUGAAACUCCAGAUCAACAUUUAUGUAGCUACCUCCUCCUUCCCUGAACCGAUUCUGUUUUGUAAGAUGAGCACAAAGUACGAGCAUUACUUUUCCUUUCUGACCAGAGCCAUUGUUGCAGCACUGAAGCAAUGUGACUGGGUCAAAUAUUUGAGAUUUUCCGGCCUCGGUGUGUGUCCUGCAUCUCAAGUGAUAAAGCAUGACUUGUGUCUCCUAUAUAACCUAAAAAUCAAACAUCACAGGUGAUCUGAAGAUGUAAUGCAAUACUGUUAGAUGACUCUAAUAUAACUGUUGACAGGUUGAUCUGUUCUAGGCUUGGUUUCCCAAAACAACUUAUAGUUUAAAUCAAUCUUUGCUGCAGCAACAAAGACUGCCUCUAUUCCUGUGGGUGUAAAUUCAGAUUUGAAGGUUGGAAAAUAACUGGAUUACUCUGCAAAUCCUAGUUUCAAGUCCUACGUUUGGUAUUAAAAGUACAAAACCAGUAUAAUUUGCUGAGGAAAUCCAGCCUAGAUUUUGGUGCUAAGCUGCUUUUGGGAAACCUCGCCUCGAUUCUUGUGGAAUCUUUUCCGUUAAAUCAGUGUGAACUUCUCAAUUAAGAGCAUGUCCACGUUACGAGUUCAAGGUGGCAAAGACUCGAGUGGCAAGCCAAUAACAGCCACUACUGCUAGAUACAAAUGUAAAUGUUUUUAACAAAGUGUUUUAAUCGUGUAUUAUUUUACUGUUUGGGGUUAUUUUUGUUUAAUGUCCUGGAUGUAGAGGAAGAGCAAGACAGGAAAAAUGUAUUAAACAAUGUCGGCCAAGCA